AUGGCAGAACGAUCAAUCCCGGCUCACGUCCGGCGUGUAAAGGCAGAAAGCGCUGAGCGUGCUGCAUCCACCAAAGCUGGCAAACCCACUGUCUCCUCCAUCACCGACGAUCUUGGUCAUUUGACCCUCUCGAUGAAUCCUUCCCAGCCCCCUUCAUUCUCAUCUUCAACGAACAAUGAUUUGGAGCGCCCAGGACCGUGCAACCCUCCUGCAGUUUCUGUCUCUGCCCUGUCAAAUAACCUCCAGCAGUUGAAGUUGUCAGAUGGCACGCCAGUCCCGCCAAUGACAACAACUAUGGAGAAUGUCAGCGGAGGGGUAGAUGUUGUCAUUGAACGAAAGAAGGCAAUUGCAACACAGAUAGAUGACUUGACUGCCCAGUUCGGCAGCCACCAGGAUACGCUGCAUGGGCCCAUUGAGAUCAAUACCGAGUUGUCAUGGGGGUCAGCAGGAGUAGUUGUGAUUUAA